AACAACAUGGCUGCGCCCAUGGACCACGAAGCACCACAUGAGUCUGGAACGCCGAUGGAUAUUAGCGGUGUAACCAUCGUUCAAGAUCCCGUUAAGGGAAAGUGCCUGCAUGCCACAAGAUCUUUCAAGCAGGGAGAGAUCAUUUUCAGGGAGAAACCUGUAGUAUCCUGCCAGUUUUUAUGGAAUGCAAUGUAUAAAUACACUGCAUGUGACCACUGCAUGCGCUCCAUGGAGACAGCAGAAGCCAUGAGCAGACGACUGGCCAACAGUCCCAGUCUGGUGCUGCCCUUCCCACAAUGCUGUGCCAUUAAACAAGAGGAGCACGUCACAUGUCCUCACUGUCAGGUUGCAUACUGUACUGAAAGUUGUAGACAGGAGGCCUGGAAUAAGUACCACAGGGUUCUGUGUCUGGGACCUUCUGUUCAUGACUCUGAGCAUCCUCUCAACAAACUAGCAGAAACCUGGAGAAACAUACACUACCCUCCGGAAACUGCCAGUAUCAUGAUGAUUGCCAGAAUGAUAGCCAUGGUCAAACAGGCAGCCGACAAGGACAACCUUCUCCGAACCUUUGCUGGUUUCUGUCAGGCCACCACUAACCAGGAGGAACACAUGUCACACAAGCUGUUAGGAGCAGAAUUCCAGGACCAGCUGGAACUACUCCGAGGACUCAUGGGGGAGGCACUGUAUGAGGAAAAUUUGGAUCAGUGGUUCACUCCAGAUGGCUUCAGGUCAAUUUUUGCAAUGAUUGGAAGGAAUGGACAAGGAAUUGGGACAAGUUCCCUGAGUGUGUAUGUGCACAACUGUGAUGCACUGGAGCUACCAACUCAGGACAGGGAAAAACUGGAUACAUUUAUCGACCAGCUAUACGUGGACAUUGAGCAAGAGUCAGGAACUUUCCUGAAUUGUGAGGGAUCUGGACUCUACAGUCUCCAGAGUUGUUGUAACCACAGCUGUGAGCCGAGUGCUGAACCAGCAUUUGAUGAAGGCAAUUAUGUCCUCAGUAUGAGAGCCCUCCGAGAUAUUACUGAGGGAGAGGAAUUAUUCAUCUGUUAUUUGGAUGAGUGUGAGAGGACAAGGAGUAGGCACAGUAGACAAAAGUUGUUGAGGGAGAAUUAUCUCUUUUCCUGCAGAUGUGAGAAGUGCAUCAUGGAGGCAGAAGACCCUGAUGUCACAUCCAGUGAAGAGGAAGAAGAUGAAGAAGAUGGAGAGGGGGAUGAAGAGUGACCAUUUCUGGGCCAUUCAAACUGGAAACAUCAAUUACUGGAGAGCACCGGAGUUUGUUUGUGCUGCAAAUUGGGGCCGCACGAUAUCAAAAACUUGAAUUGAGAAAGAAUUCUAAAGCUGCAAUUUAAUUGUAGUACUAGAAGGCUUUCAUUUCCUAUAGCUAGUAGGUCUCCAAUAAAAAGAAAUCUUGUCAGAAAUUUAGUAUGGCAUAAUUUGGUAUUUUUAUGUGAAUAGAUACUAUUUUAUGGUAUAUGAGAAAAAUUAAUAUGGAAACCUUUGGCCACACCAAUUUAAUUUCUUUCUAUUUUUCAGAAAAAAAUAUGAAGCGACAGAGCAAAAAAAAACAGGCCAAGGCACCCCAUG